UUGUUUUCUCUUAAUCUUAAAGCCUGAGAAUUUGCAUCGUAAUUUUCGCUUUGGUUACCAUGAGAAGAGCUAGCUUCUUGUCGAGGAAUAAACGAAACCAAAAGAUGAAGAUGGGGUGCUUGAGAAUGAGGAAGAAGGUAAAAUUUGCUAACUUUUCCGUACAAAGAAAUCUUUCUACUCUGAGAAGGAUCAUUCCAGGGUGUGAAAAGGCUGAUAUAGCAACGUUGUUUCAGAAGUCCAUAAAGCAAAUUGUAAAACUAAAAUUUCAAGUUUGUGUUCUCAGAAGCCUGACAAACUACUAUGGGAUAUAAUGGAAAUGUUCAUCAUCAACUCAAGCACAAUUGCAUCAAAAUACUUCUUGCUGCAUAUUCACAGGAUGUAACAUGAAAUAGAGGGAAGAAAAUCCAUACCAGUUACAGUUCAUAGACCUAUUUGAUUGUACUUUGUAAACAAUGCUUCAGGGGCGACAUAUUCGCGUGUUAAAGGCGAUAAGAAAGAACAAUAUAUUCAUGUAUUAAGCAACAACUGCAAUAUAGUUGAUGUUAAUUACACAGUCUACGAAAUAUAAAUUAUGCAAACUGA